AUGGCCAGUAAAGAACUCAUUGAAGCAAAAGGUGUACAAUUAAAUAAAGUUCUGGAAGUUGAUAAAUUACGAGAGACCUUUUUGGACAAUUUCUUGAAGGAUCGUUGGAAAUUCUAUCAAAAGGGUUUAUUGAAUGAGACAUUUGUCAGAUUAUUAGAAGAAUGUUCCACUUGGAACCCUACAAUAGAUAUGAGACACAAAAUGUCAAUUGAGCAAGUACAAGGUCAAGAAUCUCAACGUUUUAUGACACGAAGUACUGCUCGUGUCCGCAUCGACAAUGUCAAAAGACAACGAGCAGCAAGUUAA